GAAAUUUCUCAGCAAAUACUAUUGGUAAUAUUUAAGGUUUGCUUGUAGGGUAAAGCUGCGGUAGAGCCAUUCUUGCAGUUUAGCAGAAGAAACUGGGAAUUUAGACAAGAUAUGGAACAUUCAACGAAUUUCAGACAAACCCUUCAUUUGCUUCUGCUUUGUUCUUUUCUGUUCGGUCUUCAUGAUCUUGUUCUUGCUGAUCCGCCCUAUCCACUUUGUUCAAACAAUACCAUUACCAAUACUAAUAAUAGUUCAUUUCAGAAUAGUCUGCAAAAUUUGCUGGAUUCACUGACCUCAAACGCUUCGGUCUCCAAAUACUUCAAUCUCUCCUCGGGGAACGAAUCCGAUAAAGUAUACGGUCAGUUCAUGUGCCUCGACUACGUUACAGCUGAUGAGUGCCGUGACUGCAUCUCAGGAGCGUCGCAGGCUAUAAUGAAUCUUUGUGGGAACAAAACGGAAGCGGUCGUAUGGGAGGAAGUUUGCCAAUUGCGUUACUCGAAUGUUAACUUUCUCGGACGGUUGAACGUCGAAGACAACAUUGGCAAAGACAACGUAAUUAACAUCUCGGAGCCUGUAAAGUUUCAAGCUAUUGUGGAGAACAAGAUGAUGAAUCUGACUAAAACAGCAGCCUUUAAUUCAUCAGCGAAUAUGUAUGCUACCGGAGAUGAACCGUAUACGGUCGACGACACCGUGUAUGCUCUGGUGCAGUGCACCUUAGACUUAUCCCCCGAUCAAUGUAACACAUGCCUAGUAGCUGCCAUAAAAGAUGUUUCGUCCUGGUGCUACGGUUCUCGUGGGGCACGAUUACUUAGUCGGAGUUGUUAUCUUCGGUAUGAGUUAUAUGCCUUUUACGAAGGUGCCAAUGGCAAUGAGUCCUCUGUUUCUCCACAUAUUCAACCUACAAGUUCAACAAGAGGCGGUGGAAAUGGAAAGAAAGUAUGGGUGAUUGUAGUUAUCGCAAUUGGAUCGGCAAUUUUGCCGGUAGUGCUGAUGGCUUCCAUUGUAUACUUCGGUGUAACGAAGAAAGGAACUCGAAAAGGGAAGGACGAAAUUGUGAGAAAUCAUGUUCAACUACACAAUAAUGGCGACCAUGAGAACCCAGGUGUCCAGGAUCAGUAUUUUGAAGGGUUAGAUGAGUUAAAAGCAAAUGAUUCUUAUAUUGAUUUGGCAUCCAUACACUCAGCAACCGAUAACUUCUCGGAUUCGAACAUGCUCGGACAAGGUGGUUUUGGACCUGUUUACAAGGGUGUUCUUGCUGAUGGAAAGGAAGUUGCUGUCAAAAGGCUUUCAAGCUUCUCUGAACAAGGUGCCUUGGAGUUCACAAAUGAAGUCCUAUUGAUUUUGAAACUUCAACAUAAAAACCUUGUCAGGCUUCUGGGUUUUUGUGUGGACCAGCAGGAGAAGUUGCUUGUUUAUGAAUUCAUGCCCAACAGCAGCCUUGAUGUUAUCCUCUUUGAUCCAAAGAAACGUGCACAACUCAAUUGGAGCAAGCGUCUGAACAUUAUUUAUGGAAUUGCAAGGGGAAUUCUUUACCUACACGAAGAUUCACGGCUGAGGAUCAUACAUAGGGACCUAAAGGCUAGCAACGUGUUGCUCGAUUUUGAUAUGAACCCGAAAAUCUCGGAUUUCGGAAUGGCGAGAAUCUUUGCAGGCGCAGAUAGCGAAGCUAAUACAGCACGGAUAGUUGGAACUUAUGGAUAUAUGGCUCCGGAGUAUGCCAUGGAGGGAUUGUACUCGAAUAAGUCCGAUGUUUUCAGCUUUGGAGUACUCUUGCUCGAGUUAGUUACAGGCAAACGGAAUGCAGGGUUUCAUCAAUUGACCCUCGUAGCAUAUGCAUGGCAUCUAUGGAACGAAGGGAAUGCUUUAGAGUUGAUGGAUCCGUUACUCAGCGAUGUAUCUCCGGAUGCAUUCUUAAGAUUCAUCCAUAUCGGACUGUUGUGCGUUCAACAAGAUGCAUGUGACAGGCCUACCAUGUCGUCUGUUAUGGUAAUGUUGAAAGGUGAAACAGUGACACUAAGCCAACCACAACAGCCUGCCUUCUCUGCAGGAAGAUUUGCGGAGCAUCAUCAAAGAUUCACUCGGAGUUGUUCCGCCAACAGUUUAUCGAUUUCUAGCAUUGCACCGAGAUUCGGCGCCGGUUCCGCAGGCCUCUCGUGUGCGUACGAGAUCAGCAAAAACCCCAACAUCCGUGUCGCCAUAAUCGAACAAUCCGUCAGCCCCGGAGGAGGCGCAUGGCUCGGCGGCCAACUGUUUUCCUCCAUGGUCGUCCGCAAACCGGCACACAGGUUCCUCGACGAGCUCGGCAUCCAAUACGACGUACAAGAAGACUACGUAGUCAUCAAGCACGCAGCUUUGUUCACAUCGACAAUCAUGAGCAAGCUCUUGGCAAGGCCGAACGUGAAGCUGUUCAACGCUGUGGCUGCCGAGGAUUUGAUAGUGAAAGGAAACCGAGUUGCCGGCGUGGUGACGAACUGGGCUCUGGUGUCGAUGAACCACGACACACAGUCUUGUAUGGACCCUAACGUAAUGGAGUCAAAGAUCGUGGUGAGUUCUUGUGGGCACGAUGGACCAUUUGGAGCAACCGGAGUUAAGAGAUUGAAGAGCAUUGGGAUGAUCGACAGCGUGCCUGGAAUGAAGGCACUGGACAUGAACACUGCAGAGGAUGCAAUCGUUAGGCUUACAAGGGAAAUUGUGCCUGGCAUGAUUGUAACUGGAAUUGAAGUUGCAGAGAUCGCUGGUUCUCCAAGAAUGGGACCAACAUUUGGAGCAAUGAUGAUAUCAGGGCAGAAGGCAGCACACCUGGCCUUGAAGGCAUUGGGGCAGCCAAACGCCAUUGAUGGGAGCUUGAACGAAGCUGAAAGAGUGCAGCCAGAUCAAAAUCACAUGUUAUUGAUGAUGGCUGAUUCCUUCUCCAAAAUUUGCUUUCUGGCUUUGUUUCUUUCGAUCUUUUGCUCCGCCAGUUUGGCGGAAUCAGAGUUAUUGUACAACUGCUGCUCCAAUGCAACCGGAAACAGAGUCUACACCGCCAACAUCGACCGCCUCUUCUCUUACCUCUCAACCAACGCCACGGAGGAGCACGACGGGUUCUUCAACACCACCUCCGGACAGGAGCCUCACACGGUUUACGGUCUCUAUCUCUGCCGUGGUGAUGUCGGUCCGAAAAUUUGCCGUGACUGCAUCAACGUUGCUGCUGCUGAGAUGCCUCGUCUUUGUCCUAACAAAACAUGGGCUAUAUUGUGGUAUGCCGAGUGUAUGCUGCGUUACUCGAACGAAUCAAUCUUUUCCUCCAUGGCUGAAAAGCCUGGUGUAGAUCAGUGGAAUUAUAAUCACGAUGCAAUGGAAUCGGACCGCUUUAACCGGCUGGUGGCAUCCGCGAUGAAGAACGUUACAACUGGAGCUUCGAAUUCUACUAAAAAGUUUGCUACAAGCGAAGCCGCUUUCACAGAGUUCCAAACCCUUUAUAGCCUGGCUCAGUGCACACCUGAUAUUUCGACUAAAGAUUGCUACAGAUGCCUACAGGAUUCUGUUGCAGAUUUGCUAAUUGAUACCGGUGGAAACAAAUCAGGAUUCGCCCUGCGACCGAGCUGCACAGCGCAAUAUCAGACCGCCCCUUUCUAUAACAUUGUAAGUAACACAAGCCAAGCCGCCCCGCCGCCUGAACAGCCUCUUCCGCUUCCUCCCCCUCCAGAUCAUUUUCAUAAAAAGGGGUUGUCCAUGUCAUCACAGACAGUGAUUAAAAUUGUUGUUCCAACAGUGGGGUUCUUGGUUUUGUCCAGUUUCGUAUGUACAAGCAAGAAACUAAUCGCACUAAGAAACCGAAAAGAUGGAAUGAAAGCCAGGGCAUUGCAAUCUCUGCAAUUUGAUUUCAGCAUCAUUAAAGCCGCCACGGACAACUUCGCCGAAGCUAAUAAGAUCGGUGCCGGUGGAUUUGGCAGUGUGUACAAGGGUAUGCUUCCUGAUGGACAAGAAAUAGCUGUGAAGCGACUAUCGACAAGCUCCAGUCAAGGUGCCCAAGAGUUUAAGACCGAAGUCGUGUUGGUAGCGAAACUCCAGCACCGGAAUCUGGUGAAGCUAUUAGGAUAUUGUUUACAAAGGAAAGAGAGGAUGCUUAUCUAUGAAUUUGUGCCCAACAGAAGCCUUGAUCACUUCAUAUUUGCUACUGAAAAACAAAGACAAUUGGAUUGGCCCCAACGAUACAAGAUCAUUAAAGGGAUUGCUCGAGGGCUUUUGUACCUUCAUUCGGAUUCUCGCCUCAAAAUCAUACACCGCGAUCUUAAAGCCGGAAAUAUCUUACUAGACGAGGGCAUGAACCCAAAGAUUUCCGAUUUCGGCAUGGCGAAGCUUGUAAGGGAAAACAAAAGUCUACAACAAACCAAGAGAAUCGUCGGCACAUAUGGUUACAUGCCUCCGGAAUAUGCAAUCCAUGGACAAUUCUCCGACAAGUCCGACGUGUUCAGUUUCGGUAUUUUGAUACUGGAAAUUGUAAGUGGAAAAAGAAAUACAAGUUUCUGUCACUCUGUAAAUGCCGAAAACCUUCUAACUUAUGCAUGGAGGCAUUGGAAAAAUGGGACAACAAUAGAAUUGAUGGAUUCGACCUUACGUGACUCGUACGUAAGCAAUGAAGUCAUUAGGUGCAUUCACAUUGGCCUGCUGUGCGUUCAAGAAAUUCCGGAAGUGAGGCCUACAAUGGCGAGAGUUGUUAUCAUGCUCAGCAGUUCAUCGGUUACUCUACCAUUACCUCAACGAACAGCGUUCUUCUUCGGCACAACAACAGAGGGAAAGCUUCCGAUUGUAGAUUAUAAAUCCGAUCAAUCGAUGAGUACCGUUUCAUCUUCUGCUGCCGCCACAGUUAACGAGACGUCCAUUACCGAGUUGUGCCCUCGAUAAUUCCGAUCAGGCGUAUAUCAGUAUAUGCAUAUAUACUGAAAUUAUCAAAUAUA